GUGCUCUUUAGUUAAACAUGAAAAUCCGGAGGUUAUGUAGUUGAAACUUUUACUUGGAUGUUUGUGUAAUAUUGUAACAUCAGUAUGAUUUUUUUUUAUAACAAUAUAAUCCUUUGACACUAGAUACUGAUGAUUUACUUGGUGAUUGUUUAAACAGUUAUUUACUAAAAAAAUGAUACGUGACUGGAAUUGGUGGAGAUAGUUUUCAUUAUUACUAUUCCGGUAUGCAGAAAGAGAAAGAUGAGUCAUAUUUAUAACCGUAUGAAUCACUACUUAUUUAAUAAAUGUGAUUGUUAAAUUGUAACUCUUGUAGGGUUAAUUAAUUUUUAUUAACAACUUGAUGAUGACGACGACCAUGUACGAUGACUUCUAUGAGCAGAGCGCCUGGUGUUACUGGGUCGUUUCUGUCGCAACAUUAUUGUCUUUUGUUGGAUUUAUUGUUGCUUGUAUAUGCAGUUGCAGACACGGUGAAAACAAGAGCGAGUUUCUGGGACUACCGGGUAUGGUAACAAUCACCCAUGCUGAUAAUGACGAUUACGAUGGCCAGCCAACAUUAUCGGAUAUCACACCAGUUGUUACCCAAGACACUGUGGACGGUGGAAAAAGGUGCCAAGCCCAUGACCUGGCAUGGCAGCAUGAUCCCUUAACGAGUGGAGCAAACAGAAGUCUACCGGAUAUUCCAAAAGAUCGAAACGUGGGUACUGAUGAAAAUGGAAUUAGUUCGAAUCCUCAAGAUAUAAUCUACGAAGCCACUGAAAUAAUGAACGACUCGUCGGAAUUGUACGCUACGGUAAGAGAUAAAAACUCUAAGCGGGAUAAUGAGAGAGGAACGCGAACAAGCUCGCAAGAAUCUUCCUCGCUACAGGAAGAUGACAGUGUGUCACCCUAUGCAAGAUUAAAUACUCUAAAUUCGACGCCAGAUGAACACCCGUACGCACAAGUACAAAGUGUCCAGAAGUCUGAAGUUAAUCGGCAAAAUAGUUUUAGAAAUCCUAGUCAGAUGACGGACAACGUUGCCUGUACGUCGAACAGUCAGCCAACAAACCCAGUGGCACCACCUAGAACACGCAGAUCAUCGUCACACAAUUCGUUGCUCAACACUGAAGUAACGACGUGUGACAUUCAGGCGGCAAAUGCUAUAACUGGAGGCGUACAAGCGAACCAAGAUUUGCCUUAUAUGACUCCACCAUUAUUGAUGCCUUUACCGCGGCCUCCGCAACCUCAACACAAUGGACCGCCGCAACAUUUUAGCGGAGAUUCACAAGAUUCUAAUAAAGGAUACACCAGUAUCAGCGUACGUGAACCUCUUGCGAAUAUAAUUGCUCAAACUAAAGCUGCACAUCAAAAUCGACAAAAUUCUCGGCCUGUUCAAGACUCGCAUUAUGCUACUGUGUCCGAUGAUUCAGACGAAAUGUACGCAGCGAUUGAUGAACAAGAAAAAAUUUAUACCAGCGGUAGUGAAACUUAUGCGCAAAUUCAGCCGAUGAUCAGCGAACAAAGUCGAGCUGUAGUACACGGAGAGCCGCCUCUGCUUCAUCAACCACCUCCGAGGAUCAUUCCUGAGGAACCAGUAGUAUUUUCUGCGCCCCAGCCACCCAGUGUUGAUAGUCUUCGGCACGUCGCACAUGCACAUUCGCGUCAGGCUUCGUCUUCCAGUGCGACGAGUUCGAUUGCUAACCCCGGAUCUCCAAAACCUGAGAAGCGACAAGCUAAUUCUCCGUUACCACCACCCCCACCGCCUUUACCUGCAGGCUCCACUGAAGGAACUACAGACGUGUAUGCUCUCAUUGACAAACAACACAAGAAACCAGAUGAUCAUCAAGCUCCGCUCAGUCACUCGUGUCUCGUUCCCGGUAAAUCUGUCGAAGAUAUGUAUGCUAAAGUGCUGAAGAAGAAACGGGAAUCUGAAGAAGAACACUCAGGAGCUAAUGUGCAAGUAAAUGACGUUCAAAUUCCAGGAAAGAAGCUUAAUCUUGUAGAGAUCAGUCGAGCCUCGUGGUCAAGUCACGAUUCAGUAGAAAUAAACAAAAGGGAACCAGAGAUUAGAGCGUCUGUUCCGCCAGAUAUUCUUAAUCUCGAGUCUAGUAUUGAGUUCAGUGUUGUCGCGAGGAAAUACGAGUUAGAUCGCGUGACUCCUGAUCAUGUAUUCGAGCCCAUGAACACAAUAACACAGAGGACAAUAAAUUCUGUAAGCGAACCCAAUGAUCCUAAUUAUGAGAUGCUCAGGCCUCCGUAUUCUCGAGCUGAAGACUCGAAACUUACCUCUCAGCCGUCUACUAGUAUGAGAAACGGUAUAGACGUUUUAUCGUUUUACUCAGUACCUUUUAAGCAUCGCCAGGUAAGCAAUGCCAGCAGUGAAGAUCCAGGCUACGAGAAAGUAAGACUUCGCCGGCGUGUUGAUGUCGAUGGAGACACUGACUCCGAGCCAAAUUAUGAAAGCAUGCCUCAUGAUCAUGGCGAACCUAAUUAUGCUUCUGUUUGCCGUCCAGGUGACAGCGACACCGAUCCUAAUUAUGAGUCCGUACAUCACAGUGAUCCUAAUUACGAGAGUGUUAGGUACAUGAGUGUUACUAAAAAUUCAAUCGCCGAUCCACCCUACGAACAAGUUAAUUCGUAUUCGGAGACACGAUUAAAUGUUGACGGAUACGAAAAAGUCAAAUGUAAACAAAAUGAUGAUCCUAAUUAUGAAAAAAUUCACAAUACAUUAUCCAGAGAAAAAGAUCAUUUUAAUAACACAGACAAUGCUGAUCCUGAUGACGAUCAGUAUGUUCAAGUUUGAAUUAUUUAUAUUUAUCAAUUAAGUGGAUCAUCAUUAAUGUAGUGACGACGUCUUAUAGUACAAGAAAAUUAAUUUUAAAAUUAAUAAUUUUUUACAUUUAUAUAAUAUAUAUUAAAAAUAUAUCUAUAUAUAUAUAUAUUAGAGAUAUUACGAGUUGAUAAAUCAAAGAUUUAUCAUUUAGUCGUACAAAUAACAGAAUGAAAUUUUUUACGUCUUUGCCAUUAAUAUUUAUAUUAUUAAUUAAACUAAUAAUUAUUAUUUCUGAUAAGUUUUAGUAUGCAAUCAUUUUUAUAACAAAACGCCGUAAAUAAUUGAAAUACUAAUGAAAAUAAAUAAAAAAUAGUAAUGACGUAUUUUAACUCAGAUAAGACUGAUAAAGACUUGAAGUGAUAAAUCAUCAAGUGCACGAUCAAGUUAUGAACACAACGAACAGAUUAAUAUCAAUUUGAACUAAAUCAAUCGCUAACAGGUAGAUUUGAUUUUAUAAAAAAAUUUGGUUAUAAUUUAUAGGAAAAAAAAAUUUUUUUCUAAAAAUUGAACGUUUCGAUUGUAGUUGAAAAAAAUAUCGAAAAGUUUUU